UAGUGUGGGUGUUGGGGUGUAUAUAUACUGUGGCGAGUGUUGCAGGGAAACUUCUGCGGGAGGCUCCAAUCUGCUUGACCUAACAUCUCGCCGUCAACUUCCUACGUCGCCAGGACACGCGCCUAUCGACCUCACAGCCAUGAACUCCUGCGUAGUCCUGUUGACAAGUGCGCUGCUGGUUGGGGCUGUCCUCAUGAUCAGCGUCGUUAAUGCCGUAGAAAGCGCUCCACUGUCAAGCCACAGGAACAACUUCAUAUCGGACCAGGACUCAGAGCCGGACUCAGAGUAUGUUCUGGAAAUGCUCGCCAGACUAGGACAGUCGAUCAUACGUGCCAAUGACCUGGAGAAUUCAAAACGUGGACUUGACCUGGGCCUGAGCCGCGGCUUCUCCGGCUCUCAGGCAGCAAAGCACCUCAUGGGACUCGCAGCUGCAAACUACGCCGGAGGACCUGGCAGAAGGCGACGCAGCGUUGAUGAAUCCUCAUAAGAUGCUAGCAACGCCAUUUUCUUCACAUCCCCCAUCAACAUGGCACUAUUUAUUGACUAAUUUACUGUUACGUCUAUUAAAUAACCGUCAGAUCUCAUUUGCUAUGUAAUAAAGUAAAAUGUUUAUCCUGGAUUCCGUUAGAAUUAAUUAACUCUAGUCAUAGGAACAAAUACAUGGCCUAUUUGUUCAUCGUGGGUCUAGCGAUGUUAAUUUUAUUGAGACGAUAGUCAGUGACAGCUCCGUGUAAGUGUAUUUGUCAUUAUCAUUGUUCUCUCUACAUGAUAUCAUUCCUAAUGUAAAAAUGUGUCCAUAAUUACAUAAUAAAUUGAGCAACAACUUGUAAAAUAGAUACACUUCAUCAAAAGC